AUGAGUUACGUAUAUCAUUCGUCAUAUUACCAAGAAAUAUCGCAAUUAGAAAAUUACCAAGAAAUCAGCGUAAUACCCUCGUUUCAGCAGCCGGCGAAUAAUUUUUCUAAAAGCUCUUUAUACGCCAUCAAAAGCGGUUGUUACGGUCCGUUUUAUUGUCCUCAGUGUAAUAACCAUUACGUAUGGAAGAAAAAUUUAAUCAGACAUCUCAAGUUAGAAUGCGGCAAAGAACCCAGGUUUCAGUGUACGCAGUGUCCUUAUAAAACUAAACAUAAAAGUGACGCUCGAUCCGGAACGAAUGUCGUAGCGUAUCGUUGCUUUCAGUGUUCUCGUUGUUUAAGAUUGUUCAAAGACGGAUUAACAUUAUGGUCUCAUGUAUCUUUCGAAUGUAGAAUCCAAUCACCAGACGUAUACAAUUGCGAAUUUUGCGUUUACAAAUCCAAAUGGAAAUCUAAUCUGAAAAGGCAUAAAAUCAUGGUCCAUAAACAUCUCAUGGAAACCGUUAAUUACACAUCGCAAACGUCUUAA